UGUGUUGUGUGCAGAUGGGCACGCGAAAAAUCUCACGCAUGAAAAAUAUUCCUCAUCAGUGUGUUGCCAAUAUCGAUUCCCCUGUUUUGCUGCGAGUGUGGCGGCUCCCAUCUGCACAGACUGACAGUGCCGCAGCAGUGCUGCAGAGAGUUCCCGUUUCCAGUAUACAGGGGCAUUAAUUCUCCCGCAUGGCCAGGGCGCACACCAACGUCGAUUUCCUUCGCGUUUGAUUCCCUGUGUUGUGUUUCCAACUGUGUGUGUAUGCCGUACGAUCUUGCAUAUGGCCCUGUGCAACAACGUCUGUGCGCGCAUGUACGCGUACUCUUCCUUGUGUAAAUGAUCUGAUGAAAAGUGAAGGGAUCACAACGCAUCGUCCACAGCUAAUUUGCCCAUAAUGAAGUGCCGUUACAUUCCCAUUAAUGUCCUCCAUUGUCUCGCGUUGAAUCGUCAUUGUCGCACAGGGAGAAUGGCCGGUUGACGGAGGGCGCGCAAACAGCGAGUGGCGGUGUUUGUUGGGCGAACGACGGUUGUCUCUGUUUUUGUGCAUAUGUGUGCUGUGAUUGUCUGUGGCGUUGUGUGAUCUACUCUGUGACCUAUUAUGCGAUGAUUACCCGAGCGAUAUUUUCCCUGCACAAUUUUUGAUGGGUUCCCCAUGCGGUGCGGACUGGUCUGAAGAGGGUUUCAUUGGUUGGGCCGGACCAUUGUCAUCGUCACUGCGCAUCUGCUCUGCCUGCCCAACGGACAGAUUACACGUCAUCCGACCAGUUCGUCUGGGGACAAUUGUCGUUGUGAGCGUGUGUGCCCGCGUGCCGUUGUUGUCGGGGGAUUAUUGUCAUUGUGACGUACAGCUGUGGCCCGGUGAAUUCAUGACCGGACCUGUGUCGUCGUUGUCGUUGUCGUCGUUGUGCUGUCGCUGUGUGCUGCUGCAACAUGGCGGACAUUGCGCCUGAUCUCAGCCAUCUGACCGAGGAGGAACGCCGUGUUAUUGAAGAAGUGCUACAACGGCAAAAAAAUGAGGAAGAAAAGGAUAAAGAAGUUGUCAAAAAUCUGGCUGCGGAAGUCAAGCAGAUGGAAGAGCGUGUCCAGACGCAGAAACUGCAGCCGCAUCCCUUUGGUGGCCUUAUGUCCGAUCCCGACAAGGAAGGACUCUGUGAUAUUUGCCAGAAGGUCAAGUUUGCUGAUGGUAUUGGACAUCAGUGCAACGUCUGCCAUCGUCAUAGCUGCGCCCGUUGCGGCACUCGAGUACCCAUCAAAAACGGCAAGUUUACGUGGACCUGCAUUCUGUGUAAAAAGAAGCAGGAAUUGCUCAAGAAGACUGGUCAGUGGUAUCACGGCAAACCGGAAGAGCUGCUCUCGGGCAGCAGUACUGCCGGCAGUAUUGGCGCCGCCCCGGCCAGCAACAAGACACCCAACGGUCCGCAGCAGCGCUUCAACGGUAGCAUGUCCGCCCGUGGGCCUGGUGGUCCCGGCGCGCCCGGCGGUCCGCCGCAUCCCGGUCUCCGGCGCCAGCUAAGCCACGAUCCCAGCCAAUACCCGCCAUCGGGCGCCGGUGGCCCGCCCCUCACCCAACACCAGCGCCAACAAUCCCUCCGCCGUCACGGCACCAUUGACCCGGGAUACGGGAUGAGCCAGGAGGAUGAGAUGCGGCGGCAGGCCUCCAUGCGCCGGCGCGGCUUCGAAGUAGACACGCCACCCGGUGCGGCCCCCGGAGCCGGGCAUGGUCCCGGUACACCGCCGGUAACCUCCCGUACCCGUGAUCCCUCCCGGUCACGUGCCCUACCCGAUCCGCGCACCAUGCAGCAGGACUUCCAUGAUGAGCGUAAUCGGACACGGCAGAUGCCGCGGCGACCGGAUUCGCAGGGGGCUUCGCGACGCGGUUUGGACGACAGCCGUGAGCAAGGCGGUGCGCGUCGUCGCACCCAGAGCUACGACCGCUACGGCCAGCUGGAGCGGGAAUACGCCGGGGAAGUGGACGCCCGCCGCGGUCCCUACGACAACUGGGACGCGCGAAACCGAACUUCCGGCCAAACCGGUGCCGGCUCAUCGCGAUACGCCAAUGUGGAUGAGCGACGCCGGGCGUAUCAGCAGAAUUCCUUCAGCAGCUCCGAGGAAGAGAUGCGGUCCAAUCUGUCGGAUUUCACCGGUGAUGAUGGCAGUAUUCACAGCUACCGCAGCGAGUAUUCCACGCGGACGCAUCCCGGACUGCGGCAUCCGGUCCGGUCGGGUCGCGCCGGCCGGCUCUGGCGGAUGUCGUCGCAACAAGAGCCGGAUUAUUAUCAACAGGAAGGAAUGUACGAUGAGUCGCGAUCGCCGGCAAAUGUCACCUGGCAGCCGAGUGCUGAUGGCCACCGUCUAAUCGGCCACAUGAUCCUCCGGAAGUACACGAACGAACUGACACGUGACGUCUCGCGCUCCAUGAAUUCCGCCACGAUCUUGGGUUUAAAGGUGGAAGGCGGCAAAAUGACGGCCAGCGGGCGCAUGGCGGCGCUGGUGACCCGCGUCAAGCCGGGCAGUGUGGCCGAUGUGAUCGGGCAUCUGCGAGCCGGCGACGAAGUCCUGGAAUGGAACGGCACGCCGCUGCGAAAUCUGACCUUUGAGGAAGUGUACGAUAUUAUCGGGGAGUCACGUGAGGAGACGGAAGUGGAACUGAUGGUGUCCCGCAAAAUGUCCGACCGCGAUAGCUACGGCAUGCCGGGCGCGGGGGUCGACGAUCCGCGCCGUUAUUCGCCGCGUCCGCGGGGCGGCCGCAGGAGAGGCGGCGGCGGCCCGCCUCUGGAGUUCCCGGCGGCCGGGGGCACGGGCCAACCGGGCGUUCCGUUCGUCAGUGGGCGCAUCCAGUUGAGCUUCUACUAUUCGCAUUCGGAUGCCCGCCUCACCGUCACCGUCAUACAGGCCGCCGAACUGCUUCCCCGUCCGGACCAAUCCUAUCGCAAUGCCUAUGCCAAAUUGUAUUUAUUGCCAAAUCGCAGCGAGCAAACGAAGCGCCGCACAAAAAUCAUUUCCAAAACCAACGAUCCACAAUGGCAGCAGAUGUUCCAUUACGCGCCCCUAAAAGAAUCCGAACUGGAUGACCUUACACUGGAAAUCACCGUAUGGGAUUAUGAGCGCUACUCCCAGGCCAACAACGAAUUCGUUGGCGAAUCCUUGAUCGAGCUGGCCUCCGUGGCACUCAACGACGAACCGCGUUGGUUCUAUCUGACAUAUCCCGACACUGGAGUUGAUACCCGCCGUCCUCCGGCCCUUAAUUACGCGGAACCGGACUUCAACAGCAUAGCCUCGGCCGAGGGCUUAUCACCUGCCGGAAGUUCGGUGUCCCGCUUAAGCGAUAUGGACUACAUCUCCGAUCCUGAUAUGCUCGAGGCUGGUCCGCGUCGAAAACAGCGGUCAUCGCGAGAGCAGCGCGAAUACUGGGAUCCCAGUCGCGGUGUGGGCAGUAGCCGGCAACGGUAUGGACCGUCGGGACUGCUCGAGAGUACGCGGUAUCCGGAGCAGCAGAGUCCGCGCAGUUAUCGCGAUCAGCCGUACGAUCAGGAUCGUCGCAGUCGACAGCCGACCGGCGGCUUAGCGGAUAGUGAGCUGCGCUCGCAACGCUCCCAUCGCCGUUCAGCCCAUUCGGCGCCUCCUGCUGGUCAGGAGAGCUAUUAUUACGAUGAACAGGAAGGAUCACCUCCCGGUUCUCGCCCAGCAUCCCGAACGUCAAACUCGGCCCGCAAACGUCAACUGCCCAUCCUGCCUGCCGCCAACCCCUCCGCGUCGUCCCCCCGCCGUCCCUCCCUCAACGCUCCCCUCCCGGGUGGGGGUGCUGAGCACUAUGACGCCGUCGCCUCCCACCUGCACUCGCCGCACCCGACCGCACCCGCCUCUCUCUCGCCCUCCUCUACCUCGCGCCACAGCCAGCCGCGUUCCACUGAUCCGCGGGAUGCCAAGCCAAUUAUGCAGCUUCACAACGCGACUCUGAAAGUACCCGGUGACCCGGAUGAUCCCAGUGUUAUUAUGCCCUCCGCCCCGCCCCUCAGCCCCACCACCAUCACGGUCACCACCACCACCACCAUAGUCAUCAUCAUCCGCCGAAAUUGGAGCAGUUAUUAAAACAGCUCACAAGAGGAGAACAUUGAUCCGCGUGAUCGGGAGCGGAGUGGGACGUAUGGAUCGGGUGUGACGAUCAGCAGUACCGGCAGUACACCGCUGCUGUCGUCCGGCGACGUGGCCGGACGCGGCGCCGGCAACGGGAAUACAGCCAUGGAUGCCACUCUCUCCGUCCCCAGCGACCAAAAUGAUCCCUUCUCCAAUACACGCCAUUCCCGCUCGGCUAGUCGCCGGUCCAUGAGGAAUACCAGCACGUCGCUUAGCCGCUCCAGUGAGCCCACCAGUAAAGCCGGCGAAAGUGAUUUGGCCCUGCUGGUGCCUGAUCAUCAUCGCAGGAAGCUUAGUGAUUCCGUAUCGCGAUUACAAAGCCUGGAUCUGGAUGACACCGGCUCCCAAGUGGGCGCCGGCGAACCUCCUGCCUUAGAAAAGAGCACUAGCGCUAGCGAUGUGUUCAACCGCAAAAAGGAGUUCAACUAUGAUGAAUUCGAAUCCAAAUAUCUGGCCCAAAUGGAAGAACGAAAUCGCAAGGGCGUCAGCUCCAAAGCCGCAGCCAUACUCGGCUUGAAGAAAGAGAGCAAACGACCGACUUUCACCCGAAGCGAAGAAGUCGGGCAUCAGUCGCCGGCCUCCAUGGUCAAACAGAUGAGCAAAGAUUCGAACGACGGGAGCGUGAGCAGUAGCGGUCACAGUUACAGUCGCAGUCAAAGCCAUCUUGCCGAAGCCACCCAUCUUCUCAACUUCGUGGAAGGGCUCGGGCCCGGUCAGUUGGUGGGCCGACAGGUUUUGGCGUCACCAUGUCUGGGUGAACUGCAACUGACGAUUAAGUACCAAAAAGGGAAACUCGAUGUGGAGGUCAUCCGUGGCCGCGGACUCGUGCCACGCCAAGGCACGCGCGUUCUUCCUUCGACAUAUGUGAAAGUCCAGCUCAUGGAAGACAAACGCAUCAUCGCUAAACAGAAGACCGCCACCCAGCCGCGCUCCCUGAAUCCCCCCUACCGGCAGGUGCUUAGCUUCACCGACGGCAUCGAACACCGCAUCCUGCAGGUGAGCGUGUGGGGCGAUUACGGACGCAUGGAGAAGAAAGUGCUCAUCGGACUGGCGCUGAUCAAUAUGGACGAUCUUGAUCUGUCCAGCAUUGUCAUCGGCUGGUACAAGCUCUUCGACCCGGAAUCCCUGACCAACACCCACUCCCGCUCCGCCUACCCUUCCAAUCCCGGCGUGCCCAUGUCCAUCGAGGAACGCCAGGCGCAGCGGGCCCGCCAUCAGGAUGUCAGCUGAUAGUGAAUGUUCGCUGGUUGUAAAUGUGUAACCAGCAGCCGAAUAUCAACUGUUCAAUUCUCUCUCGUUUUUCUACUUUGAUUCGCAACUGGUUCUUUCCGAUUCCCUUGAUACUGUUAUCGGAUGGUUUAUAUUAUUUGGUAUUUGUGAUGCAGAAAUGAAGGUUGAUCACUAUCCCACGCGACUGGGCCCGCUGUGCAAUUCUGACAAAUAUUUAAUCCAGUUCAACUGUAACAGAUUUAAAAAGAGGACCAAAUCACGAAAA